AUGGCUAACAAUAAUGGUCCUGUUCCUUCAAAUUCUCCAAGCAAUUCAAAUUGGUUUUCGUAUGUAUACAGCGUCCAUGUAAAUAUUAUUGCUGAUGAUCAGGGUUUCAGCUAUCGUUACUCCACCGAAAAUGUGGACAAUGAACUAAAGACCGCAAUAGACCAAAAAAAGAGUCAUUGUCGUUUACAGAAAGUCGUUUUUACUUUUGUUCCUAAUGGGAAUAGGGAUGAUGAUUACUAUACAUUAACUUAUCAUGGCAGUGUAGCCGAUUUGCCGAGAGACAAAAAUAGAUUGAAAGUUCACAAAAAGUGUUAUGAAACUAGAAAGGGGGGGAUCUCACAACGCACUGUGCGUGUGGAAAGUGAGUUCCGAAAAAGUGAAAGCACUUGUAAUCUGGAAAGAGCAUAUAUUUUGUUCAGUAGUUCAGACACUUCCGAGGUGGGAAUGGUCGGAAUUUUGAAGAUUGAUUAUCAUUUUGAAUAUUUUAACAGAAUUCGUGUGUCAUAG